GAAGAUAGGGACGGAACUGAAGCUAGCUUGCAGGCUAGCUGAAUGUCCUACCGUGCUGCAGAUGUUUCGAAAGCCACGGGGAAGGGCGGAAUGUGUGGGGUCGAGUAUAUAAGACGGGGCAUGGGGUUGUUUGUAAUUAACGCGGUUAUUGGACCGGUCGCUUCGGUGUCAGCGGAGGCAGCGGUGACCGAGAGCAGGCUGCUGUGUUUUGGAGUGAACAACCAGAGCUACUUCUGUGAUUCGGGCCACUGCUGUGGAAAGUCCCAGUGCUGCAGCUAUUACUAUGAAGUGUGGUGGUUUUGGUUGGUCUUGACACUCAUCAUCAUUCUGGGCUGCUGCUGUGUGUGUCACCACCGCAGAGCCAAACACAGACUGCAGCAGCAGCAACGGCAGCACGAGAUCAACCUCAUCGCUUACAGAGAAGCCCAUAACUACACCUCUCUACCCUUCUACUUCAGGUUUCUGCCUGGUUACCUCUUACCUGCUUACGAGGAAGUCGAAAACAGACCUCCGACACCCCCUCCUCCAUACAGUGCCUCUCAACCAGGCCAGUCCACCAGCACUGACCCCAUGUGCUCUGAGCAAACAGAUGAGCUCUGCUCUCCACUACAAUCCAGCCCCGUUGCCUCUGCAUCAGAGAACUGUUCCCCAGAGCAGCCACAUUCUCCCACCACACAUUGCCCCGCCAGAAACGCCCACAAACCAUAUCUCAGCCUAGAGGAGGAUGAGCAAAUCCAGCAGGUAGCAUGUGCUACCUCACACAGCCUAGUCAAGCAAAGCAGUGAGGAUCUGACUAAACCUGGAGAGCAAGGCUUGGACUGUUAUCCUGACAGCAAGGACAAGACUUCAGGCCGUCAUAGGCACUUCACGGGUGACUCUGGGAUUGAAGUAUGUGUGUGCAGCCAGGGGCCCGGGGAUGGAGAAGAGGAGGAGAUGAAAGAGCUAGUAGGCCAUAUGGAUGGAGGGUUGCUUGUGGAGCAGGACUUCUGUGAUAGCUGCAACCCACGCAGUAGUAGCCCUCAGGGUUUAGGGGAUGAGGAGCAGGGCCUGGCUGCCUCAGACGGAGAGCCUCAGCAGCCUCCAGUCUGCCUCAAUUUGCACACCAUCAACGAACAGGAGGAUCCACGUCAUGGCAGCAAAAUAGACCCUCAGAGUUGAGCACAACUAGUUCCAGCAGAGACUUGUUUUACACUGCUGUCCCUUUGCCUUUACUUUCUCAAAGUACAUCAAUCAGUUUUUACUGUCGGCAAUGUCACUUUGUGUGUGCGUGUGAAAGAGAGAGUGUGUUUCAAGAGGGUGUUAAUGUGCAAAUCCUUUACGGUUUUUAAUGGAUUAAUUGGAUAAUCUAAUAAACAUUAAUAGGUCUGUUGCUUCAAAGAGAGGUCACGAUCAAAGCCACAGGGGAAAUUCUGUUCCCGUUUCUAGGCUUAUUGUGUUGACCCACAGCACUGAAUGACAUGCCUGUAGAUUUGGAGGCUUUUUGUUUUGUUUUUUUUAGGCUGAUUGCCUCCUGUUGAGAAAACUGAGUCAGAAUUUACUCACCCUCAUGUUGUUUUUCUUCUGUGAAACACAAAAGGAGAUAUUUUUAAUGAAUUUCCCAGUCGUUUUUUUCAAUGCAAUAUUCAUUAAAAUAUCUACUGUGUAGAAAGUUAUACGGGUUUGGAACAACAUGUGGGAGGUUAAAUGACAAUUUUCAUUUUUGGGAGAACUAUUCCUUUAAGGUCUGAUUAAAAUUAUCUGUGUUUUUUCCCCCCUCAAAUUCUUACCUUUAAUGUAAUUUAAAAUACUGCCACUCCCAAAGGGACAAAAUUACACAGUGCAAACAAAGGACAGAAAACAGGGUAAAGACUGCCAUGAUAGUCUCAACCAGGCAGUGCACUGAUACUUCAGAGCUUUGUCUUUUUUAAUGCUUUUUGUCUUUUAUAUAUAUUUACACACAUUUUUGUGUCUGGAGAAGUAUCACAGCAUGAUGCUAUUCAGAAAAAUGAAGGGAAGUCACCUAAAAGUGAUCUUGUCGAUAUAUGUGCUCCCUACCAACAGUUAAACUGGGUAGGGUUGUCAUUUUAGUUUUGUUUUGUUUUGUAUUACAUGGUUUCGCCUUGAUGCAAAACUAAACUAUAUUUUGCAUGAUUAUUUGCAUAGAUCCAUUAGCAGAUGUCCACAGUUGUUGUUAUAUACCACAUGCUUUCAAAUAGUGAAAUUAUGCAAAUAAUCUUUAAAUGCAGGCUGUAAAUACAACCCCAAUUCUGAAAAAGUUGGAACAGUAUGAAAAAUGUUAAUAAAUACAAAAAGGAGCAUAUUCACCAUUUGCUAUAUUGAAAGCACUACAACUAAACAUUAUAUGAUGUUCUACUUUCUGAUUUGUGUUUACCACCGUGAAGCAUAAUUUCUUCAAAUAACACUUUAAGCAUUUAGGCACAGAAGACACAAGUUUAAGUUUAUAAAGUGGAAUUUUCCCCUAUUCAUCCAUAAUGCAGGUCUUUAGCUGCACAAUUGUAUGGGGUCUUUGUUGUCGUAUUGGAGAUGGCAGGCCAAUCUAGCACCUGCACACUCUGCUUAUUCGGCCAGUAUGUGGUUAGAAGUUGUCCUGCUGAAAAUGCAGGGCCGUCCCUGGAAAAGACGGUGCUGGAUGAUAGUAUAUGCUGCUCCAAAAUGUUAUAUAUCUGUCUGCGUUAAUGGUCCCCUCACAGAUGUGCGAGUUACCCAUGCCAUGGGCACUGACACAUCCCUGGCCCAUACAGACACUGGCCUUUGGACCUGAUGCUAAUAACAGCUUGAAUGGUCCUUUUCGCAUGGAGAACGCAACGGCUGAUUUUCAAAAACAAUUUUAAAUGUUGACUCAUCUGACCAAAAAACACACAUCUAAGAUGAGACCGAGCCCAGAGAAGUCGGCAGCGCUUCUGGACAGUGUUGAUGUAUGGCUUCUGCUUUGCAUAGUUAAGUCUUAACUUGCAUCUGUGGAUGCAGUGGUGAAUGGUGUUGACUAACUAAGUUUUUUUUAAGACCGUGAUGUCUGAGUGAUCAGAGAUCAUGCGCAUUUAGAAAUGGCUUUCAUCUUGCCCUUUACCCACUGACAUUUGACCAGAUUCCUUGAAACUUUUAACUAUAAUGUGCACUCUAGAGGAUGAAAUGUCCAAAAUCCUUCCAAUUUGUCUUUGGAGAACAUUGUUCUCAAAGUGCUGGGUUAUUUGCUGAAGCAUCUGUUGGCAAACUUGACAAGUCUUGAAUGGUCCUUGCUCUUGAAGGACUAAGCUGUUUUUGGAGGCUCAUUGACACGAUUGCCUCAUCUGUUUCACAUCGACUUGUUAUUUUAACUUGUCAAAUUGUUAUUAGUCUUAAAUUGCAUCUGUCUCAACUUUUUUGGAGCAUGGUGCAAUCAUCUUAUUUUAAAUUACUGUACAUUUAAAAAAAAAACUACAACAAUGAAAUUCACAAGGUAAUCAAUAUGUUGCUGUAUUGUUUUCAAUAUAGCAAAUGGUGAAUAUAAUUUACAAAUCGCUACUUUUUUUUAUUAGCAUUUUCAUACUGUCCCAAGAAUUGGGGUUGUACUUUUGUAUAUAGAUUUAACCCCUUUUGCAUAUUUACAAUAGGUGCCUUUAUUGAUUUUACUAGUUUUGCCAUAUGCCUUAAAGAGUCCAAUGUGUGUGUGUGUGUUCGGAUUACUGCAUGAAAUAAUCAAGGGCCAGUAUGAGUGGAAAUAAUAGACUUUAUUACAUACUAAUGGUUAACUUGUAAGUAUCACUUGAUAUGCCUUCCAUCGAAACAUAUCAUUUAAAUAUGUAUGUUAAUAAUUUUUGCCUUAAUUUAAUUUUGGAUUCUCCCAUAGUGCUUUAAAUUGUUUUUGUAUCUUAACACUGUAAGGGAACUCUGGCACCACUAACAGUAAGGUCACUCAUAUAUAGGCUUUAUUACUUAGAUUAAGCUUUUAAAGUUUUAUUGUAGCCGAUAAGGUAAGGUUACUGUUAUUGCUAUGUUAGCUUGUUCUUCAGAGUAGCACUUAUACAUCUGGUUAAUGAGAUGGAGACUUCCCCAAGCUGCAUUACAACACUGUCUGUGUGUUAUUAGGUUAUUUUAAAUGGAUUGUGCUUAAUGCCACUGUGUUUAUUUGACCUUUGGUUUGGAUUAGUAGUUAGGCUUUCUACAAUGCCAGAGACUUAGAUUGGGUACAGAGAGCUCGUCGGCCCUGUAGAUUUCCAAAUCAGAGUGUUGCUGUGUGAACUGGGCUAAUUUUCUUUAAAACAUGAUGUGCCAGGUAAAUUAUGUUCCAACUGUGUCUGCUGGAAAAACUGGUUCUGGAGGCAGAUUCCAACACAGACUUGGUGCCUUUGGAAACAUUUCCUGAAUGAAGCACUAUUGUCUGACCAGCUUUAAUAUAGAACAUUUGGAAUAAAUUGGACUAGUUACUACAUCAUGGAUGCAUUUAUCAAAGUAUCGUAAUGAUUUGAUUUAGUCAAGCUUGAAGCUAAUUUAGUUAGAGGAGAUCAAGUCAUCUGUUGCAACAAGGGUGCUCAUGUAUUACUCUAGCACUAAUCAUGAUAGUUUUCUCUCGCGAUUUGAUGUACGAGACCAAAGGUAUUGCUUAGAAGUUUGUCUCGGUCACAAUGUUGGUUAGCUUACUGUGAAUGAGACUGUGGGAGUUCUGCCUGAAAAGCUGUCAUUGCACUGUUUUGUCACUGAUGCAGUAAGUUUGCAUGCUUGAAGGUGACGAAGGCUUUGCAAGCCAAUUGCUUUUGUGUAUUUCUUAAGCUUUGAUUUUAAGCCUAGUACAAUGUUUUAGUUUUGUAUCUGUAGUCACUUUCUUUUUAUAUAUAAAAAUGUAUUUUCUGCAUUUUAUAAGGCUCAACCAAAUUAAUGAGUAUCAAAGAAUGUUCCAUAUGAAUAAAAAAAAUAAAAAAUAAUGUUUUUAAA